CGGACGUGGGUGUAGAUGCAUCUCAGAUGAGAAGCGCUCCGAAGUGUCUGAACCGGCACAAACAAAGCAGUGCACGCUCUCCCUCUCUCUCUCUCUCUCCGUCAGCCAUCCACUGAUUGGCCGCUCUUCUGUCCUCUGCCGGCUGCGCGAGCGCGAGCGCGGCGUGCAGCCAGCGCGAGACGCCGAGCAGAGGUGGACUCGGUGCGGGUCUGCGGAGCGGACCAGAGCGCGAAGUUGGAGCGACCGGGACAACGGAACAGCACGGUACGGUACGGGGAUGGUAUAAGAAGACGGCGGCCAUGUUGCGUUGGAUGUGAGCCAGCUGUGUCAGAGCGGGGGCAGGGCUCUCCAUGAGGCGAUCUGGUAUCCUGAACUCGACCCGUCUGAUGAGCAGAUCAGAUGCUGCCACCGAGGAUGGAAGGUCUUUCUGCAAGCUGGGACUCGGUGGACAUGAUAAGAAAUCUCAGCAGCGCUCUUUUUCAAUCACAACACCAGCUCUAGAAAGCAGAAAGUCCAUCAUCUCAUAUUAAUGUCAGCUGUGUUGUGGAGGCAGCCUCAAGCUGCACCGCCGGCUCAAACGCAACCCAUGGAGGUGUCGCUUCGAAAUUUCCAACACUGCUGCCGCUAGUAACGCCAGCCAAGUGAACAGCGAUGCCUUCUAAAGUCUCGUGCUUAUACUUGCUGACCGUGGUAUGCUGGGCCAGCGCUCUGUGGUACCUGAGUGUGUCCCGUCCCUCUACAUCUUAUGUAGGCCAGAUAAAUAUCCCAAUGCGCAAGGCGCCCAAAGUUAGCAAGAACUCCACGUUCAGCAACAUCCGUGCGCGCUCACUCAACCCGCAUGACUUUGGCUACCUCAUCAACGAGGACAAGAAGUGCAAAGCGGAGCCCCCCUUCCUCAUUAUCCUGAUCAGCACCACCCACAAGGAAUUUGAUGCCCGUCAAGCCAUCAGAGAGACAUGGGGCGAUGAGACCACAUUCCCGGAUGUACGCGUGGUUACGCUCUUUCUCUUGGGCAGAAGCACUGAUGCUGUCCUCAACCAGAUGGUGGAGCAGGAGAGUCAGAUCUUUCAUGACAUUGUAGUGGAGGAUUUUAUCGACUCGUACCACAACCUGACCCUUAAGACACUGAUGGGUAUGCGCUGGGUGGCCACCUUCUGCCCAAAGGCUCAAUAUGUUCUCAAGACAGACAGUGACAUCUUCGUCAAUAUGGAGAAUCUUAUCUUUAACCUUCUGAAGCCUGCCACCAAACCCAGGAAGAGGUAUUUUACAGGCUACGUCAUCAAUGGUGGGCCAAUCAGAGACAUACGCAGCAAGUGGUACAUGCCCAGGGAUCUCUACCCGGAUAGCAAGUACCCACCCUUUUGCUCUGGAACUGGUUAUGUCUUCUCAGCAGAUUUGGCUGAGCUCAUAUACAAGACGUCCUUACACACCAGGCUGCUGCACCUGGAGGACGUGUACGUUGGUGUGUGCCUUCGUAAACUAGGCAUCCACCCUUUUCAGAACAGUGGCUUCAACCACUGGAAGAUGGCCUAUAGCCUCUGUCGCUACCGUCGGGUGGUCACGGUCCACCAGAUCUCCCCAGAGGAAAUGCACCGCAUAUGGAAUGACAUGACCAGCAAGAAACACCUUAAAUGUUAGCAGAACUUUUAGGACUUGUGUCUUUGGAAGAGUCAUAAAGAAUUAACGACCUAUUUCCCAUCAUAGGUGAAUAAGGGCGCAUUCACACUGGUGCUUUUUGGUCAGUUUUAACCGAACUCCGGUCCAGUUCCUUGGAUAGUAGGAGUGGAUGAUAUUGCCAAAAAUUAGAUGACAACAUUUUUCUAAAAUAUUUCUGACAAUAUCACAGACAAUAUUGAUAUCUUUGGCCACACAAUAAUUCACAGCAUCGGUAAUAUCCUUCCAGCUUUUGCUUGUCAUAAGGCCUAUACCACGAUAAAACCAUUGUAGUUUGGUUUGUUUUUUGCUUGUAGUCACUGAAGUUUUAUAUUUACAUGC